CGAGGAAGUCCGCUUCUUUGCCUUUGAAGUUGUCCGAUGUUCAUCCGUUGGGCGCGUCUACUGGCUCCUCAUCUGGUACCGGCCUGUCGGAUUAACCCGGUUUGCCCAACGAACAUGGUGUGACAACGGCGGAGGCAAAGCAUGUGUCCUCCAAGAUCCAUGGGCUUCCCGAGAACCUUGAGAAUGGGAGUGCAUUGCUGAGGUGGAAAAGUCACCGGUGGAUGUAGCUGAGAGCAAGGACUGCGGACUCCCCUGGCGAUGGACUGUAAGAAGACAAGCGUGUGGGGCAACAUACGGCAGAAGGCCAAGCCGCUCUUCAGCAACUUGAAGAGUCGCAGGGGGGGCAGCGGCAAGCUGGAGGUGAAGAACAAGCGUACGCUGGACCAGCGCAUGAGCGUCUCUGUGCCAGACAUGCGCAGAGUGCCGGGUCAUUCUGCAUCUGAACCUUUUGGUGACACGUUGACUGUGCCUGACAACGAGGGCCACGCUGACUGGACCUCACUGGAGUGGGUUAACAACCCAACCCCAGAGGACGGGGGACUGUCUUACAGAAGACCUGGGCCGUUAGGCGCCGCACCUCGGGAUGUGGUUUCGAUGCUGACCGGAGAAAUACCGUCUGUGGAGAUAUCCCAAGACAGAAAGCAGCACAAAAAUGACGUCGAUGUCACCGAGAUCCACAAAUCACAGGACAGCAGCGGUUUGGAGAUGGGUGACUCCCAGGGGAUUCCACAGAAGAGCUCCUACCUGCUAACUGUCAAUCUGAAGGAGGGAAGGAACCUAGUGGUCCGUGAUCGAUGUGGCACAAGUGACCCCUAUGUCAAAUUCAAGAUAGACGGGAAGACGUUUUAUAAGAGCAAAGUGGUCUACAAAAACCUGAACCCCACCUGGAACGAGUCUUUCUCAUAUCCUGUCCAGGACUUGGAGAAAAGGCUCCUGGUCAAGGUUUACGACAGGGAUCUGACCACAGACGAUUUCAUGGGAGCGAGCAGCAUUGCUUUGAGCACACUCGAACUGAACAGAACAUAUGAGAUGCAGCUGCAGCUGGACGACCCCAACAGUCUAGAGGAUGAUAUGGGUGUUGUAAUCGUGGACAUAUGUUUGUCUGUCAGAGACAGAGAGAGCAAAAGCAGCACUGACUCAAAAUGGACCCCCAAAAGAAAACGAAGCUUUAAGGCCGGCACGCCAACCCAGAGGGGCCUGCAGCCAGACGCACUGAGGAAGCGGCAGCUAUGGAGCGCUGUGGUGCGAGUGACACUGGUGGAAGCUCAGGACCUGUCGGUCGAUGGCCAGGGGGACGUCUAUGUGCUCUUCAGGCUGGGUAACCAGAAGUUCAAGAGCAAGAAUCUGUGCAAGCAGCACAAUCCACAGUGGAGAGAGAAAUUUGAGUUCAACCACUUCCCAGAUGGCCCAGAUGUCCUGGAGGUAGAGGUCUGGGGCAAAGAAGGGCGGAAAUACAAGGAAAGCCUGGGCACGUGUGAGGUGGACCUUUCUCAGGUUCCGGUCAACCAGCAGCAGCUGUACACCCACUCCCUUGUCCCGAGUGCUGGUAAAGUGGUUUUCUUGGUCACGAUGGUUCCCUGCUCUGGCGUCUCCAUCACGGACCUCUGGGCACCCCCCUUGAAUGACCCCAACCAGAGGGAACACCUGAUGAGCAGAUAUUGUUUGAAGAACUCAUUUAAAAAUGUGCAGGACGUUGGUUUUCUUCAAGCAAAGAUAAUCAAGGCUACUGAUCUUUCAGCUGCAGAUUUAAAUGGAAAAAGUGAUCCUUUCUGUGUAAUAGAGUUGGGGAAUGACAGACUGCAAACUCAUACCAUCUACAAGACUCUAAAUCCAGAGUGGAACACUGUCUUUACACUGCCAAUCAAAGAUAUUCACGAUGCCCUGGAAGUGUCCGUCUUUGAUGAGGAUGGAGACAAACCUCCAGAUUUCUUAGGAAAAGCGGCCCUUCCUUUGCUCUCUGUGCAAAAUGGCGUUCAGACCACUUACAUGUUGAAAAAGGAUGAUUUAGUAAGGCCAUCCAAAGGAAUGAUAACCUUGGAACUGGAUGUUUUUUUUAACCCGGUCAGAGCAAGUAUCAGAACCUUCAAGCCAAAGGAGGCAAAGUUCAUGGAGGAUAAUCCAAAGUUCUCCAAAAAGGUCUUACAGCGGAACGUCUACCGUGUUCGGAAGAUUACCAGAGCCAUCAUACAUUCUCUGCAGUACAUUAAAAGCUGUUUUCAGUGGCAGAGCACACAAAGGAGCAUAAUGGCCUUCUCGAUCUUCCUGUUCACUGUGUGGCAUUGGGAGCUCUUCAUGCUGCCUCUCUUCCUCCUCCUGCUCAUCGCCUGGAACUACUUCCAGGUUGCUUCUGGGAAGGUCAGCUAUAAUCACGAUCUGGACCACAUGGACCUGGGUGAUGAUGAAGAAGAUGACGAGAAGGAAUCCGAGAGAAGAGGAUUGAUGGAAAAAAUUCACAUGAUUCAAGAAAUUGUGGUGACCGUUCAGAGCCUUCUGGAGGAAAUUGCGUGCUUUGGGGAAAGGAUUAAAAACACCUUCAACUGGUCCGUGCCAUUCUUAUCCAGUCUGGCCUGUCUGGUUCUGUUUGUGGCCACGGUUAUUGCCUACUUCAUCCCCCUGCGUUACAUUGUUUUAAUCUGGGGCAUUCACAAAUUCACCAAGAAGCUGCGGAACCCAUACACCAUCGAUAAUAAUGAAGUACUUGAUUUCCUCCGGAGAGUUCCUUCUGAUGUUCAAAAGGUGCAGUACAGCGAGGCCAGGGCAACCGGCACCCAGAGUCCGCUCAGGAAAAAGAAGUGUGCUCCGUAGGUGUGCCCACUCCCCAUGAGCCCCCUCCCGUUGUCAGCUCACCCAGGGGUUUGUCAAUGUGGACCGUCUAUCACGAGCAAGGGGGUAGCAAAACCGGCGCGAGAACAUCCUCUGGGGUGUUCGGCGGGGCCUGUCGCAUCACCUCGGCUCCCCGAAGCGUGGAAGACCGCCCUGCGGGGGAGCCGUGGUAGAGCCCCAGAGGAACACUAUGCAUGAGAGUCGCUGCAGUCAUGUUUGCUGUGCCUCAUUUCUCUUAUCGCUUAGACUUGUGUUAUCCUGAAAACCAUGUGGCCACAAAGCUACUUGUGUUUUGGUCUUAAAACCAGUGACGGUUUUGGCUGUUGUGGCAGCAGGUGUGCAACAAUAGCAAAAAAGAUCGAUAAAGUACAAUUGCUGCUUAAGGCAUAUUUUUGUUGGAAUUCUUAAGCAAUUGAUCACUUUUUUCUUGGUCUAAUUCUUUUUAAAGAUAAAUUAUUUAUGUACUUUUAAUAUGGUUAAAGGUGGUCCACUAUAACACUGAAUGCUUAAAACUGCUUUGCACAUUAUGGUAGUGGGUCUGGCGUUAUUUCAGAAACUCUCUGUUUUAAAUGUACAGUACUUAUGAACUGGUCCACAUGCAUAAUUUAUUAUACAACUGUUUGACAACUCCUCUGAGUAUCUGUGUUAUAUUGCAUUCUCUUCCUUCAUCAUUGAUGUCCUUAACAUUUCCAACCCAGUUUUCUGGAAAUAGGGGUCUUAAUUCCUUUUCUCAGUGUAUUAUCUGUUUUAAAUAGUAUUCAUGAAAGUGGCUGCAUGCUAUUCUUCCACAGAUGUUUUAGAUUUUUGUACAUUUUUAUUGUAAUGCAUGUUUGGUUUCAUCCUUCAUUUACAGCAAACUAGCAAUGUAUUAUAAAUAAGACAAAAUAAGCUGUAAUAUUAAACACAUCCAUUUGCACUCAUUUUCUGUGAAGGGUGGCCAACUGAUUUUGCUUCAGUACAGAACAGCAGCUGAGUUCCUACAGGACAGACCACACUGUGGACGGAUCACAUCUGAAAGCAGAGCGUGCCCUGUCACUAGAAGCCUAUGGGUUCCCACCCCACAGACGCUCCUUGGUUGUUACGCGCAACACACUCAAUGGCUCAUCUGCGCUUUGUUGUCCGCCGAACACAAAAAGCUGGGUCCGGAUGAGAGCCAUCUCCCAGAGUGCACUCUGCAGCUUUGAGUUCCCAUUGAAAUCACCUACACGCCUAGUGGCCCUAUAUACGUCUCGGUGCACAAGUGUUUCUCAGUGCCACAGUGGCCCCGGCGAAGGCAAACAAUACUCGGUGCGCCUCUUCUACUUCAUCUUCUUAUUUAUUCAUGUUCUAACAAGGUUAUAUCUGCUUUAAUAAGUAAUCCUUGAUCUUUGUGUACUGUUGUGUAACACAUUUUUUAAAAGGAUGUAGAGUGGUAGCAUGCAUAAUUUUAAUUAAGUAUGGCCCUAUUAAAUUGCAAUAGUAAUGACCAAUCGUGUGCAGUGUUCAUAACUAUAGGGUUACAUCUGAUAACACUUGAAUUUUUAUGUGUCUGUAAACUAGCAGUGUUCUUUUGUGCGUGUUAACUUUGCACUUUGAAACUAUUUUGCAUGUUUAAAAGAUUGCAUACGGCACAAACAAGAGAGGCCGGCUUCCUGCUUUAACGCAAAGUAAUUUAAGGGAUAUUUGCUGAAGGUAUGCAAACUGCUCAUAUCUCAUGUCUAUCUGUCCUCCUUGUGC